ACCCUGUGGUUUUGGGGUUCAAAUCCGUGGCACGCCCCCAAUAUGUUGUUGACGUUCCGCGGACAGGACUAGGUGCCCAGACUAUGAGUAGCGUGGGUUCCAUUGACUCGAUGAAUGCUUCCACCCUCUCCGUUCUGCCUCCGCAAGGAACCCAGGCUAGUAUAUGAGAGGAGGCAAAUAUUGAGCCGAUAACAGCAGGGGCCCCUCCCGGUGUUAGUGGAAUGUCACUCAAGUGUAAUAACUUAUUACUAAUCACCCCUGCGAUGAAAUGGAAUCGGCGUUUAGUUCAAAGGUCAACAACUUGUUGGAUCAGUGAGACACUUCCGGCAUACAUGUAUUGGCGCGCUCUCCUGUUGACAAGAAAAGUUAAUGAGUAACCGGAGCUUUUGGUUAUGUAAACUAACCACCGUCUGGUUGAUAAGUUAUGGCAGAACAAACUGCGGGGGACUAUAUUGUACUCGGAAAACUAGGAAGUGGUGCUUUCGGGACGGUAUUCCAGGGUAGACAUCAAUGGCAGGGCUCUACUGUCGCGCUGAAAAGGCUCAACUUACAGAACUCGGACCACAUAGAGACCGCCAGACGUGAACUUGAACCACUGCUAGCCCUCAGAAGUACUCCACACUUCAACAUAGUCAUGUUUUGGGAGUCCUUUGUGUACCAGGGGAGUCUAUGGCUGGUGCUGGAAUACUGUGAUCUCGGUACGUUAAACGACUUCAUUCUAGCAACCCCUCAAAAUACUGCACUGAACCUCCGCUUGAUGACUAAUAUCACGGCUGCUGUGACCUUCCUACAUGAUCGAGAGAUCGUUCACCGCGACCUGAAACCAGAAAACAUCCUCCUGUCCGGAACUGAAGAAAACCCGGUGGCGAAAGUUGGCGAUUUCGGGCUCGCUAAAGUCUGCGGCGACGCUUUUCCCAACCUCUUCACCGACUAUUACAUGUCUGAAGAAUGUGGGUCUUAUAUUUUCCUUGCUCCUGAGGUUACUGAGGGACACUACACUAAGAAGUGCGACAUCUUUGCCAUGGGGGUCAUCUUCGCGGCCAUGAUCACCAGAGCAACUAGAAAAGACGAAGAGGGUUCAGAAAUGCUGGUUGUGGUCGUAACAGAAAACAGCAAAGAUCUCACAAUAGGAGAGGCGCUUCGACGAAAUCCCAACACGGAGGCAGAGAUCUCGGAGUGUCUCGCGAGAGCUAUGCUAGAGAAUACUGACAACAGGGCCCUAGUAGAUGUCUGUCUUAGACUGUUACGUUAUAACUACCAUACACGGCCUACCGCAUCCGACGUGCACGAAGAUAUGAAACAGUUACAACGCGGUGGCGGUACCGGUAGCCAAGACCGUUUAGGACGAGACCCGUCUUUCCUCGGAGAAGGACAAAUACAGCCAAGUCAUCAACUUCAAGCAAACUCACUCCCGACGCAUCCAUCAUCCGAAAGAGUGGAAGGACUGCGUCAAAUCCAACGAGGAAGAGGACGACGUGGAAGAUAUCCGUUAUUUCGAAGAGCCAUACGCCAUGUACGUGGACAGAUGGGACAAAGGCAAGGCGUAGGAAGAGGCGCGGGUCGCGUUCGAAGAAACCGACUCGCAAGAGGCGGAACAGCUCAAGGUCCGUUACAUGCUCGGGGACGACCCCGUCUUCAGCCCGCUGUACGGAUACGGCAGAUCAGUAGAAACUUCCCGGGGGGCAUACAAGGGUUUUUCCAAGCCAUGAGACGACGAGUUGGUGAGAUCAGGGCGACUAGGGUCAUUAGCCGAAUUCUUGACUUAAACGCCUGAUUUUUAGA